CAUCCUGUGAACGGGGUUCUUUUUUUGUUUUCCCGUAUCCGCCAUUUCAGUUUUUGAAGUUAGUUGUCAUCGGUCGCUGGACUGUAGCUGGAAUUCCGCCUCUGAAGAAACGCCUCGUAUGAAACUCUCCCGGUAAAACCGCGCGGGAAACACAAUAAGAGUCGCGUGUACUCCUCCGCGUGGUUCCCGGAUCUCCACCUUGAUGCACAGACCUCUCGUAACGGAUGUCGCCCGUUCACUAAACGUGCUCUAAAGGCGCUAAAGUUUUGUAUGAGUUGAGGGAACCGAAGGCCCCGGUGAAGCCUCGGCUCUGGGUGGCGAUCAUGGCCGGUCACUUUGACGCGGAGGACCGCAGCAGCUGGUACUGGGGUCGGCUGAGCAGGCAGGAGGCGGUGUCUCUGCUCCAGGGACAGAGGCACGGGGUGUUCCUGGUGAGGGACUCCAUCACCAGCCCCGGGGACUACGUGCUGUCCGUGUCGGAGAACUCCAAAGUCUCCCAUUACAUCAUCAACAGCAUCAGCAACAACCGGCAGUCCGGAUCAGGUUUGGCCCCUCCGAGGUUCCGUAUCGGCGACCAGGAGUUCGAAGCCCUCCCUGCUCUGCUGGAGUUCUACAAGAUCCACUACCUGGACACCACCACCUUGAUAGAGCCCAUCAACAAGUCCAAACACACGUCGUUCAUCAGCGUGGGCGGCGCCCCCCCGCAGCGCCUGGAGGACGAGUUCGUCCGAGCGCUGUUCGACUUCCCCGGCAACGACGACGAGGACCUCCCUUUCAGGAAGGGCGACAUCCUCCGGGUUCUGGAGAAGCCGGAGGAGCAGUGGUGGAACGCCCAGAACUCUGAGGGCCGGGCGGGGAUGAUCCCGGAGCCGUACGUGGAGAAGUACCGGCCGGCGUCGCCCAACUCGGUGGCGGGGCCCGGCGGUCCUCCGGGAGGGAUGGGAACGCUGGGGAACUCGGACGGCUCCGUGGCCCAGCCCGGCCCCCCCGCUGCCGUGGACCCCAGUCAGUACGCUCAGCCCAACCCCCUCCCAAACCUGCAGAACGGACCGGUGUUCGCCAGGGCGAUCCAGAAGAGGGUCCCCAACGCCUACGACAAGACGGCCCUGGCUUUAGAGGUGGGCGACAUGGUGAAGGUGACCAAAAUCAACGUGAACGGCCAGUGGGAGGGCGAGUGCAAAGGCAAGCGCGGCCACUUCCCCUUCACACACGUCAAGCUGCUGGACCAGCACAGCGCCGAGGAUGAGCUGAGCUGAGAGCGGACCGCCACCUGGACACUAGCGCUAGACCCCCCCCCCCCCGUUUCCUCCCUUUAUCUCCCCCCUGUCCCUCACGUCGGAUCCAGCUUCUAACCUGCACCAAGUAGAGAUUCACUGAGAACAAACGGGCCUCGUUGGACCUUUGAAACGCCCCGAAGAAUCUCCUCCACCUGCUCCGACUGUACACUGAAGCUCCCCUUCUCCAUGGAUAUGACAACCCCCCCCCCCACACACACACACACACUCCAAACUAAAGAAACCACUUCCUGUUCCUGUGUGGGUGCCGCUGAUAACCCUCCUCCUCCCUAAUCAUGCUCACAGCGCUGUGGGAUCACUCCGGUGCAUUCAUGUCCAACAGACACACAGUUUCUCUGUGUUUUUCUUCUUGUUUCUGUGCCAUUUUUGUUUUUCACAAACUGCUGAAAGAAAGACUUUCAUAUUCCAAAAAUACGUUUUACUGCUGAAACUGCGAGGAAAUUAAUCGUUUCCAUUCCAGUUUUUCUAAAGCGAGGUUAAGAGACGUUUUCUCAGUCAAAACUCAAAGAAAUUCACUUUAGUUUGAUAUAAAUAGAGAAGAGCAUGAAACCUCCAUAUUUAAGAGGAUGAAAACAGACCAUUUCAAAUUACAUAAAACAUACCGCUCUCAAACAUUUUCUUCUAAGAAGAUUGACACUGCUCUGUGUGUCUACUGUAGAUUAGCGUAGCUUAGCAUAAGGAGUUGAAGUAGUGGGAAAUGCUAGCCUAGCUCUGUCUGACCCCAGACGUUCAGGCUUUAUGCUAAGCUAAGCCUAGCCUGCUUUAUAUCUACUAUAUUAACAUGAAUUUAAUUGAUCUCUCGUCUUAACUUGGCAAAAAAAAAGUGAACAAUCUUAAUAUUCUUCUCCAGAUCUGGACUGAACCUCCUGCUGCAGUCUGCAGCUCCUCCCUGUGUGGAGGUUAAAGGUCAUUUCUUGCAUCUACAGUUUUGCUUAUAGGACAUGAACGCAGCAUUAUCCCAAGAAACAGAGUGAUUCAAUUUGAUCAGUGAUGGGAUUUAAAACAGGUAUAUUGGCCUCCUAAUGUUCUGUUCACACCAAACCCAAAGCAAAAUGUUCUCUUGCAUAUAAAUCACAAAACAAUAUCAUACAAAGAAAGUGCAAUGAGGAGAAUUUGAGGCAUCUAUCGGAGAAAAUCUGUGUAAAAAUCGCAGAAUGUUGUGCCUGGUGUAGAUGAAGGUAUUUUGAGUGUUGAAGGAGAAGCUACACUGUUAGCAUAGCCCCGAUCGCACCAAACUCCACUCAGAAAACUAGCGGUUUUAAAGCUGUUCGCUUGCCGUCGUGCAGACAGAUCAAAUCCUCUUCAUGAUGCAGUGAUUUCUGCAGCCUUUUGAUCCUGCAGUUAAAUUGGAGUGAAAUGUUUAUUUAGUGAUCAGAAGAGCUGCCAUAAAUCAGAUCAAUUUAGCCGUACAGAGUAAUGUGAAUAACUUCAAAAGCUCCGAGUCAAACAAGUUGAGAAUUUGAGCACAGAGGAGCUUUAAUUUCAUCUUACAGUCUCAACAAUCAUGAUUUCAUUCAUAACUGGUUAACUUCUCAGCCCAACGAAGCUAAAAGGGUAUAUUUUGAGGUUUAUCAAACACUAACACCUUAAGAUAGGAUGUACUUAAUUGAUCCCAAUUAAGGACAUGUAUCCGUCACAGCGGCAGGUUAAAACAGGGUAUUGCACAUAAAGAGGUAGAAAAUAAAGAGUGGAAACGUCUCAAAAUAGGAAACUAAAGAGUAAAAUAUAAACAAGUUAACAGUGAAAGAUGAGAAACUGUCUCAAGUCAACACAAUGAAGGGCCAAAUUCCAGCUUUAAAGCAAACCGGAGAAAGAUUUGCUUCCAUUUGUCGUGAACACAGGAUCUGUUUUACUCCUAAAGUGAUCCUACAGCGUUUCCAGGAAUGAUUUGGACGCACAGAUGACACUCUUCUGUCUCUCACAGCGUGGAAAGAAACACUUGUGAUGUCUAAAAGGAGGAAACGCGGCGCGAGGGGAGUUUUCUGCUUUGGAGAUGAACCGUUUUCUGCUUUGGAGAUGAACAGUUUCUCCUCAGAUAAGCAGCGGAGGAGCUAAAAGGAGAAUUAAAACACUGAGUGGAGACGAGCGGCUUCAGAACCUUUGGUCGAGGCGGAGAUAAAGCAACACUACAUCCAACGUCUCCACGCCUCACCAUCAACCACCAAGUAGUCUUUUUGUAAGAGAAAAAAGGAACGUGAUGUACUAUGUGAUUAUCAUUACAUGCUAAAAUAUUGAUUUUGUUUUUAUGUUUCCUCAUGGUGCAACAAUGGAUGAACUGACCUUAAACACAACCCUCUUCUUCAUUCUGUCCUCCAUGUUUGUUCGUACCGUCUCUCCUCACAUUAUCAGACCGGUAGAAAUCCCGUCAAAUGUGUCCCAAGAAAUAAGAACUGUUGCUUUUAUUUUGCUUUUUAAUCUUCCUCAUUCAUAAUCCUCUUGGCACCUUGCUCCAUUUAUCUUAAACCUCUUCUUUUCCUUUGUGCUUUUUCACUUAUUUAAGGGCUUGUCUGUUAAUGAUAAGGGCUGCAUGAGAGAUUCAUACGCAGAUUAUAAAUAAUUGGUCUAAAAAUUGAGGAACAUUUCCUAAAAGUCUUGAUUAAUGAGACAAAAACCCAAAUAUAUUCAAUGAAUGAUUUAAAAUACAGAAAUGCAGCAAAAUACCUGCAUAUUUGAGGCACAUUUUGCAUUAAAAACACUGUUCUGUGCAUUGAUUCAUUUUUGCAGCCUUACUUAUGAUGUACAAGCUAUUUAUCGCAGAGACAUCAGACUAAUAGAUAAAUGUUGUAGUUCAGAUUUGUUUUCUGUUUUACAUUUAAAAUCCAACCAGUUUUUGAUCACCCUAAUGCUAAGUCUUUUAUUUGAGCUUCUGAAGGUUCACUUUGGAGUUGAGGACAUCAGGGUGCAGUACUCCUGUCGCCGGUAGGUGGCAGUAUAGCAACGUGAGGUCACAGGGUGAUGCACUUAUUCUCUUCUACUCUUGAGUUUGCGUUAUAUGUCCUUUUAUUUUUUAGGGUAUCCUGUAAUCCUCCCCCUCAUUAGUGUCCAUGAUGUCAGAGCUUUCCCGCUUUCACAAUUUAUUUUUUAAAUCCUCCAAACCGAUGAAACAGUACUCACUAGUCAAAAGAUAUGUGUGUUGGCAGAAUCUGGCCUUUGACACGGUCCUUUUUAAUCUGCAGUUCUGAUCAAAUCUUCGUCCCCCUCUCUGCACACAGCAGCUGCUCAGCUACACACACUUUCCUAAAAAACUGCCAAACCACCACCAAGUAUUUUUAUUUCAGCAGCCCUGCACGACGUCAUUCCUCUGCUUUCACACCAGAGGGAAAGGAUGGAGAAGUGCCGGUGGGAGUUGUGUUCAUAUCAAAAUGUGCCAUUUUAUUAUAACACUAUAUUCUUUCAAACAAUUGAAAUUACCUUUUUAUUUUCUGUAGCAUGUAAUGUGUUAAUAUACUAGUAAAUAAAGUCAAACCCAUGACAAAUAAA